AUGCACAAAUCUCGGUCCAGAAGUCCUAUAACUCGUCGGGAAUCUCCAAAAUCCCGAGAAAGUCGAUCAUCAAGUCGUGGAACGUUUGAUGGAAUCGAUGAUCCAUCUCCACCAUCAGCUGUUCUCCGACGGUCCAGUUCUCCACCAUAUUUUUCAUGUGGACAGUGUCGUCGGACGUUUGAUACGGUUCGAGAAAUUUCCGAGCACGAGAUCCGAGACCACGAGUCGCAGAUUGUUUGUUUUCAUUGUGAGAAGAAAUCAAUCACAGUGGAUCAUCUAGCGAGUCACACGAAGCACCGUCAUCCUCCAAAGCCAGUAAUGUGUGCCUAUUGUCAAGAACCAUUUGGAAAAAGUGCCGAAUUAAUGACGAAUUCGGACUGGAAACAAUUCAGAGAUCACAUCGAAAGAGAGGCGAUUCGAAAACGCAUGUACCGAUAUGGUACCACUCCCGAUACUACCAGUGGACAGGCAUUGAGAGAAACUUUCCUCAAUGCCCUGGCUACAAAUGCAUCUAUUCUCACAACCUAUGCCGCUAUGCGUCCACAUGCAACAAGACCACGUGUCCCUUCGACCAUCCGGACCGCCCGCGGACCUGCAUGA